CGCUGCUCCUAAUGUAUUUAGCUAAGAGCCGCUAGCCCCCUCAGCUCACUGCGAGUGAAGGAAUUAGCUACCUGUGGGCGCCUUGUGCUGGAGUUUAACCGUGCUCUUGGGUGGAAUUUGAGGGGUGACCGGAGGGAACGAGAUGCCAGAGCCAGCAGAUAUGAGUGGGCCUGAUGUAGCGAAGACGCCGGGAGGCGGGGCUCCAGGGAAAGAAGGCAAAGACUCGGUAACCAAUGGCCAUGCAGAAGGAGAGGCUAACCCUUUCGCAGAGUAUAUGUGGAUGGAGAAUGAAGAGGAGUACAACCGACAGGUGGAGGAGGAGUUAUUGGAACAGGAGUUUCUGGAGCGCUGUUUCCAAGAAAUGUUGGAUGAGGAGGACCAGGAUUGGUUCAUUCCAGCAAGGGACCUCCCUCCAGGGGUCGGGCAGCUUCAGCAGCAGCUCAAUGGCCUGUCAGUCAACGACAGUAUUGCUGAGGAUAUUGUGCGCAAGAGCAGCUUAAACCCCGAAGCCAAGGAAUUUGUCCCGGGAGUGAAAUACUAGGGAUCAGCCUCACCCUCUGGAGUUGCCCUUUCACAAGCACAUACACAAACCCACACAUACAGAGACUUUUUUGGCUGUAAUUACGACAGUCAUGUUCACACACUCAUAAAUAUGUACACUCACACACAUGUACACACACUGCUGUGAAGGGCUGGAAAUGCAGAGGAGGGUGAGGUUUUUCUGAGGAGGGGAGGGAUGGGGGGGGUUGCUCAUCUAUAAGCUUUUUAUUUACAUUCGUUACAUAUAAACCAAGGGCAGGGAGUUUAGAUGUGGCCUCUAGGAGGCGCUGUGGCAGCCUAAUGUCAUACUCGAUACAAAGCCGUUUUAUUUUCUUCUGUCCAUAAGGUGACUGACUGAUCAUGUCAGCUCUCAUUUAGAAAUUUGUGCCUCAUCAGGUAUUUACUUUUUUCCUUGCCUGUCUUUUUUUUUUUUGUUUGUUUGUUUUUGUUUCAUUUCUUUUUCUUGCAGUGGGAGGUUUGUGUCUGUCUUGUGUAACCAUGCCCUGUGAUUGAGGGUGGUAGGGGCCAAAAGGGGCUUUGGGGUGUGACUGGAUGUACAGUGGUUGACUGAAUGGGGUGGGAGGGGAGGGGAAGGGAAAGGAGGGGGCAGUUUGGGUACAAUAAGAAGAGGCUUUGGAUGAAUUCACAUGAAAACAUAAUUUGAUUUUGAGUAGAACCUCUUACAUGCAAAAAUGGAAUUCAUUUGAAAAAGGAAGAAAAAAAGUAAAUAAAAGUCAAAAGUUGGUAA